ACUGGGAGUGUCUCGACGAGAACAAGGACGAUAAGGAGCUGUGUAUAAAGCAGAGGCAAUUCUACGAGAAGAGCUGCCCAGCACAGUGGGAUUACAUCCAGUGCCCCAACGGUAGCUGUCUCCUCUCACUCACAGACUGUGCAGACCCACAGGAUCUAUAAACAAUUGCUAUUGUGGCAGCGAACUGAUCGAGCAUGAUGACUGCCUCAGUGUCAAGGGCGGAUGCUGUGCAGAAAACACUCCUAUGGUUUCGUGAGCAUGGUGUUUCUGGAAGCUGCACUCCUAUUCCAACAGAAAUUCUUAUGAAAAUAUUGGCUGUUAGGUGUUCAGAUGGGUGUCCCCCUCCAGAACUGGUAGAAGUUUCACAUCAUCUGCUGGCACGGUUGGCCGCAAACCCCAAAGUUGACGCAACAGAAGUACGCCUGCAAAUAUCAACUGCUUUGUGUUCCACACUUCAUAAACUGCAGGAACUCCAGCAAUUUGAAGACUGUGCUUCAAGAAUACUGGAAAGAUGUCUGCUGCCAACAUGGGAUGGCAGAACCAUACCCAAAGAUGAGCUUAUCAAGGGUUCUGAUAAUGGUGCAAUCAGCGUAAACAGCGUAAAUGACAUAGACAAUUUUAGGCUGAUGUUGUGUCAUGGAGUUGUGCAGAGUGGCCUUGUUCCAUCCUUGAGUGAAGAUGUGAUUGCAUUAGCAUUGACAUUCUUGGAGCAGAUAUGCAUAUACCCGUCAUCUUUAACCAGAAUGGCUGUGCGGACAGUGACAAAAUUUUUAACAGUGUACAAAGAUGUGUGUGUGCAGAACCACUCAUCACUAGUGAAGAAUAAAAUAAAUGACUUUGCAAAACUGGCAGCACAGGUCUGGGCAGCUCCAGCACAUUCUCCGAGGGACAACGCAGAACUCUUGGUAGCUGCAAUACGAGCAGGUGAUUUGAAUGCAGAUAAGCUGCUGUGUGAAGCACUGAAAGCACACUGGGGCUACCGUGCUACACUGCUCACAGUUGCUGCUUUGCUGCCUCUGUGCACCAAAGAUUUGGUUUCAGAAAGCAGUGCAAAGAUCGUCAAGAUGUUGCUGUCGUCUCUUGACAGCCCGACGCUUGCGUCUGCCGGUGCUGACGCUUAUCGAGCCUAUGUCGGCCUGCUGCCAGGUGUGGAACUGUGGUGGGAGCAGUUCUCUCUGUAUGUUUUACGGAUAUUGCAGAACCCCGAUCCAGAGAAUACUGGGUUGCGAAACCUCUUAGUCCAUUGGCUUCCUCUGAGUCUACGAGCUUUUCCUAGGCUUUUUGAUAAAAUCUAUUAUCCAAAAACACACAACCUUUCCCUGAAAGGAGCAAUUGGAAUGAUACGGAUUGCUUUAAGAGAGGGAAAUAUGAUGCUGGAUGACUUGUGGAAUGAGCCAACAAUUAGUAUUGUGGAGGAUGCCCUCAACAACAACAAUCCUACCAUCCGCGCAGACGCCAUCUCGGCAGUCUGCUACGUGGGCCGGCCUCGCAAGAAUCCCGUAUCUUUGGCACACCUCUUGCUCGGAUUGGAGCAGAGGGAGGCAGCUGUAAUGUCAUUCCUCACCUCAAACUCCUGUUGUGACUGCGGGCCUCUCAGGGAAGCAAUCCUGGCUGGUGUGGGGACAUUGUUGGAAGGCUUGCAAUUAGCUUGUGUUGACAGUGUUAGGAAGAAGAGAGGUGAUGCUCUCAUUUGGAAGUAUACUGGAAAGUUUCUGAGUGACUUGCAUUCUUUCAUUAUAUUGGGUCUAGCACCAGGAGAAGGGAACUAUCAACGAAGAAUACUAUGCAUAAGACUCCUGUCUGCCAUUUUCAAUGUUUUUGCAUCAGCUGUUGAUGAAAAAUCAAGUGAGGUCUUGUCAAGGCUAAAAGAGGAAGGAAACUGGAAAUUUAGUUCACUGGAUGUCUGCAAUCUUUUAGCUUAUAUUCUGUGUGAAGAUGUCUCUAGUGAUAUUACUGAAGCAUCUGCUGAGAUUUUGAAAUCCCAGUUUUGCCCUGGUACAGUGAACUCACAACACCGCCCCUGCCACCUGACCUGUGCUGCCCUGAGCUGUACAAGGAGUGUACUUUUCCACCGCACACAGAAUGCACCUGUGGCCUUCUCUGUGGUUGCUUCCUGGCUUGAAGUAACUGGUACAAUCUGCAAGAAUUGCCUUUGUUCAGAAUGUGGCAACAAACAUCUAACAGGAGAGGACACCUGGCAGUUGAUAUCACUGCUGAAACAAGAAGCAAUUUUCCAGUGGAAAAAUUUACUUACAGAUUUGAUUACAGGAGCAAAGACUGGACACCUUUUACACAGUGUGCUCGCUUCAGUGGCGACAGUUUCACACCUCCUCAGUCCUGAAGAUGCACUAGAAAUGCUCUUAUUCAUAGAAAGGGCAAAAGACCACAUUCUCCAGGUUCUGGAAUCCGAAUCUCUAGGCAAAAUAUCAUCCUCUCCCAACACUGUGGAUGCUGUACUGUGCACAUCUCCUGAUGAACUGUAUGUAGAGAGUCGGCAUCCAGCAGAGGAUGUACAAUAUGCAAUACACUGCGUGUGGCUGAAUCUCAAGGCUUUCUGUGAUCUCGCACUCAAACUCAGUGAAACUGAGGCAGUAUCAUCUAGCAGUGAUGCAUCAGAUCGUUGUGUGUAUGUAGUCGUGGAUAUCCUGUUGAGGUGCAGCAAUGCCGGAGUCGAAGAGACUGCAGCAGCAGCCCUCGGUCAGAUGGUCCGAGUUUCCACACAGCUCCAAAGAAAUGGGAAUUGUCGAAGGCCACAUGUGGAACAGGCAGUUAGGAAACAGUUACUGCAAUGUCUGGAUUUACUUCAAAGCUCCAAAAUAACAGCAACACGUCGCUCACCUGGGCUGCCCCUCGUGAUCAAUAAAGUUGCUGUUGCAGAUUGCCGUCCAGAUAAGCCGCUCCUGCAGUUGGCAGCUUCCAGGCUUACUGAGAUAGCAUCCCAGGAGCUGCCAAAUUAUUCAUUAUCUGGAGAGAAGCAACGGGCGGUUCCUGAUGCAUUUGACCUGCCACAGAUGAGAGCUAUUUUGUGCUUGGCUGCUCUGAUAAGAGAUGCUGGACUGUGGAUGGGCAUGACCCCUUACAUAGAGCCCAUCACUUUUCUUUGCAUUACCAGAAUUACUGAUUGCUCUGCAUGGCCUAUCAGGAAUGCAUGCCAGCAGCUGCUGACUGCCAUCAGCUCCAAGAUCGCUCCAGCCAGCGGCAGUAGCCUCGAAUCCCUGGUUCGGCAGUACCCCAGCCUGGGGCUCCGUAUCCUGGACACCCUCAGGGGAGACUGGCAGAGCCUCCCACAGCAAGCUGCCCUCCUACCUGCCCUCAUGCUCCUCCUGCAGGUCUCCGCUCAUGGCACCUGUCCCCACAGCCUCGGGAAAAUGCAGGUAGCAGAUGAGUUUUGCAAUGCUCUGUUCAGAGUGGUGAUCAGUAGUCGAGUGCACGCAGUGCGCCGUGUGGCAGCCAAGGCUUACACAAAUCUUACACCAGUAGAGGAUGUUGCGUGUCAUGUGGACCAAAUAGUGAAGCAGCUGGCGAUACAGCAUAAAGACCGGCAAACUGGUGGCACGUGCGACACAAAUAACCAAUUGCACGGCCUGUUACUGGUCCUGCGAGGCCUACUGGGGACACCGAAAUGGGCAGAGAAUGAUUGCACAGGUAGAAUAAAAACUGAGUUAGUGCACAUUGUGGGAAAGCUAUCUAAAGAUAAGACUGUGCCGUGGCCUUGCCGUCAGAUUUGCGAAGAAAUGUGGCAGCAAGUGUCCCCGCCUGAAAUUUGCAAACAAGCUACCUGCAUAACAGAGGAGACACUAAACACACUGAAAACAGAACUACAGCACAGACCGCAGAUUGGUCUGCAUGCGUGGGCAAAGUCGAGACUUACACAAUCCUGCAGUUGCACCAACCUCUCAGAAAUGAGGAAGUCGGUAUAUUUAAUGUGGAAAGAGCAAAAAGAUGGUACAUUGGGUUUGAAUGAAAUAUUUAGAGAUGCUAUUUGUAGCAUGGGAUGUAGACUGGUUGAAUUUGAGUAUGAAAGUCUAAUGAAUGAGUUAGUUAUGCAAGUCACUUCUCUCCUGGAUGCAGCUGAGGAAGAAAUGAGAUAUGCUUUGUACAAGCUGAUUGUAUUGGGAUUAUCAGCUGGUAGACAUCCGCCUGACAGGGAAAACAUCAUCAGGCAGGACUAUUUUAAUCAGUACGACUCAACAGGAAUUCUAAGAGAUUUGCAGUGUACAAGCAGUGGAAUGCAGGCAGCAGCAAUACACCUCCUGAGUUGUGUACUGGCUGCUUCUGCAAAACAGAGUGGACCAGGGAGUCAAAGACUUCAGGAGCUACUCAUGGUAGCAAAUGUCAUGUCACAAAUUGUCACCAAUCCUACCAGCAAUGAAGAGUUGCGGAAAGGAGUUGCUGAUGGACUUUGUUUGCUUGUGCCAGUGUUACCAUUAUUCAGCAUAUCCUGUACAGAUGUAAAAUACGUGCUUCUACAUUCACAAGUGAAACUUCUCCAGGAUGAAGAUCCAGAUGUUCGUUUGGCUGCAGCUAAUAUUUUUCCUAAUGCAACUGCUUACACUGCACUCCAGAAUAUACUCUCAUCGAGCUUUCUGACAAAUACAUUUGGCUCAGCCCUAGUAGCAUACACAAAGGUGUUGGAUUGGUUAUGCUGCUUUGAUGACAAUUAUUUCAUUCCUCCAUCGACAACAGUAAGAAACCCUUUUCUCGAGGCAGCAGCAGAUAUGUUUGAAGAGCCUUCAGUUGUCAUCAGACAACUGGAACAAGCUAAUAAUGACUUCGUAAUAUGCUGUGAACAAAGUGAUCUGGAAGCUGUUAGACACAAAAUUAACAUACAGGAAAUCUCUGAAAAUGCUCUGUCCAAACUGAAAGAAAAUUCAGUCCCUGAGGUACAGCCAAUCGCAUUGGCAGCUAUAGCAAAUAAACUGGAAGCCCUGGCCAGUGCUCUGUGGCAGAUGGGAUGUGACAGUGUGGAACUGGAACCGUUACUGGAACUGAGUCAGAGUGCUAGGCAGCUGCUUCUGCCAACAAAUGUAUAGCAGCAUCAGUUAGUUCCUGGUGUUUUUGCCUAUUGUAAACGUUAAUCUCCACAAACAGUUCUCUCAGGUGAUAAGAAAUAUCGUUCAUCUUGCUGAUAAAUAUUUUUCUUUGAGAGCACCUUCGAUUUUGUAUCAAUGUCUUACUGAGAUUAAUCUUUGUGGUUGUGCAAUGUACAAACUUGGUAUACGUAUGCUCAUGAACUGUGUACAUUUUACAUAAUCAAACAAUGGAAAGUCCAGGAUGAAAUAAACAACAAUAUCAAAAGGGUAGGUUGCUUCUCACAACAUAGAGUAGGUGCUGAGUCACAGACAGACACAAUGAAAAAUAAUGCUGGAAAUAUUUUAGCUUUCAGACAGAGCCCAUCUUCAGAAGCUGAAAACUCACAGACAUUCACACAACCACAGCUCACAUACACACAGCCAUUGUAUGUGGGUGCUAAGACCCAAAACAGACUGCAGACAGUGGCUGUGUGUAUGCUGGGUUUUUUCUACUUCUGAAGAAGGAAUUUGUCCAAAAUCUGAAAUAUUUCUAGCAUUUUUUUCUCAUUGUGCCCACCAGUGACUCAAUGCCUCCUUUAUGUGGCGAAUGGUAAUAUUUCCUUUUCAUGUUGUUAUUAUGUUUCGAUAUAAUGGAAGACAAGGAACAUGAAAUGUUAACAUUUCUUAAAUAUGAUCAGAAUUUGCAUUAGACUCACAUUUAAAAAAUUUACUUGUGGACAAAAGAUUGAAAAACAGUGUUGAGUCAUAAAAGCAUGUUAUAUUCAGAUGCUGAAUAAAAUCCAAACAAGGAAUAUAAUCUCAUGUAAUGAUUUUAUUAUGGAAUAAUUGAUCUUUUCUGAAAAUGUACAGAAGAGUGUCCUAAAUGUCUGUCCUUAGAAGGACAUUGUUUUUAAUUACACAGUUUAAAACUUUAAAUAACUGGAUAAUAACAGUAUAAAUAUGCAUAUGAGGAGAGGCCAUCACUCAUCAGACAGCUGGGAAAACUGUCACACACACACACACAAAAACAAAAAAUCACACGCGUGCGUGCAUGCCAAAAAAGAGAUAUAACUCGAAAGUUAGUGAACACUUUUUCCUGUUAUGUGUGUCCGUGCAUCACACAUCAAUCUACCAUAAGGAAGUGGUUGCCUUUCCCUUAUUUUACGUAUUGUUUAUUGAUGUUAAAUUUGUUUGCUUUAGUAUUAACAUACAGGCCAACUGACUCAACAGUCUUUCUUUGAUGCUACUGUUGCUUAGUGUCAACACUGCAGAAGGAUUUUAGUAACUUCUUAGAACAUUAAAUAUAUUACCUAUACACUCUGUAUUUUCAAUCUUUUUAUUAUUUCUCCUCUUCCAAGCAUUUAAAGCAGCUCCUUUUAUGUAAAUGUAUGCGUGUUAUGUUUUUCACAGUUUCAUGUUCAACUUUACAAUUUUACACCAUUUAAAAAUUACUUUUUCAUUAAUUUUACAACAUUCCAUAAGCUGUCAGAAUGGUAAUCACCAAAUGUUUUUGUAUCUGUAAGAAAAGAAUUUUAUUAAAAGAGCAAUGCUAGAGCUUUUUGUGAGUGGCUUCUAGUUUAUUAUUUAGUAAACAGACACUGCAUUAUGGAGCCAUGUUUCUACAAAAGACACUCAUAUUUUCUCAAAACACAGGACCAUUGCUGGUACUUUUAUAAAUUAAGGUGCUUUGAAUUUCAUGAGCAAGUAAGAUGAAGCUUCUCUAAAUCUCACCCUCAAAAAGAGGGCCCAAUUGAAGUGUCACACUAUGUCAACAUUUUUAACUUGCACAUUCUGUUCCUAUAUGUCAGUAAGCAGUUGUAAUGAUGUUUACUCAUCAGCCAGUUUUGUUUUUGAAAAACAGAAGUGCUAUAUAUUUCAAAAGCACAUCUGCAUAAAAAGGAAACGUACAUUUGUUUUUGUGUUCUAUUAAUCUGAAGCAUCUUUUCCUUAAUUUGAUUAAAUUCUUUUAUAAGCAAGUAAAGUGAAAGUACUGCAACUGACCAGAACAUGUUUUCAACUAAUUUGUAACUCUGGUGGUAAAUUAUUUUUAAUGCAUUCCAUAAAUAAAAGGAUUUUGGUAAA